AUGAAUGUACCCGCAGUUAUUCAGGACUCAUUUAAGUUCAAAGAAAUGGAUCUGUCUCACCGAUUGUUAAAACAGCUUAAUACUCUACGGCACGAAGAGAUUUUGACUGAUGUAAUUCUCUGUGCUGGGGGGAAAGAACUGCCUUGUCACCGAAACGUUCUGGCAUCUAGUAGUCCCUAUUUCUGGGCUAUGUUUUGUCACAACUUUAAAGAAAGAUUCCUAACGCAGGUCCACUUGUUAGGGAUCAAUGGGGACAUUCUAACUCUGCUUGUGGAUUAUGUGUAUACAGGGGAGAUUACCAUAAAUGCGGCAAAUGUUUUCUCUGUGAUGGAAGCGGCUGCAGUUUACCAGUACCCCAAGGUGCUUGAGGCUUGUUCAACGUACUUGCAAAGUCAGUUAAAUGCUGCCAACUGCCUUGGCAUGGUAAGGCUGGCGCAAGUGUUCAACUGCAAGAGUCUGCAGAGACAGGCCAAGGCAAUGGCACUGGAGCACUUCCUGGAAGUGGCAACUUCGGAGGAACUGAAGGAGCUCUCCUGUGCUGAGCUUGCGGGCUACCUUGGAGACGAUGAACUCCGUGCUGAAGAAGAGCAAGUAUUCGACACCCUGUCCACCUGGAUCAGCCACGACCCGGAGACCAGGCAGCAACACGCACACGAGCUCCUCGAGAAGGUGCGACUCCAAUAUGUGCACCCCACCUACCUCUUUCACUUCAUUGCUAACAACCCCUUCAUCCAGGCCUCACCUGCUUGCAGAGGUACCUUGGAAUCAGCCCUCAGGUUGUUAUUUUCUUUGAGCCCUGCAAACAGCCCUAACAUCAGGCCCUUGCUGCACGUACCACGUAGGUGUGCUUCCCAAGAGUUCCUUGUCACCGUUGGAGGUAGGAAGAGCAACCAACAGACCACAAGGGAGGUGUUCUUGUAUAACUAUAUGGACCAGCAAUGGCUGGCCCUUUCAAAGCUUCCUGUACAUCUUUACAAACCUUCUUGUGUAUGUUUACACAGGAACGUGUACGUCCUCGGAGGACUGAUCACUGAAAACAAGAAGAGAACCACGAGUGCAAGAGUUUAUAGUUUCUCCUUGAAGAUGAACCAUUGGCGCUCUGAGAAAGACAUGCCUCUUCCCUGUUAUUCCCAUCAGAGCCUUGCGCACAUGAAUUAUAUUUUUUCUCUGGGAGGAAUUGGGCCCAGUCAAGAGAUACUGAACACACUGCACAGGUACGACAGUGUUUUCGGAAUCUGGGAAAGGAUGGCUCCCAUGCCUGUUGCUGUGCUGCACCCGGCUACCGCUGCCGUCAACCAACGCCUCUACGUUUUCGGUGGGGAAGAUGUAGUCCAGAAUGCUGCUCGCCUGAUACAGGUUUACAACAUAUCUCGGAACAUAUGGUUCAGAAUGGAGACAAGAAUGGUUAAGAACAUCUGUGGUCCUGCAGCUGUGGUUGGGGACAGGAUUAUUAUUAUUGGAGGAUACACAAGGAGAACUAUUGCCUUUGACACAAAGAGCAGCCAGUUUAUAAAAUGUGCCGAUCUGAAAGAGAGGAAGAUGCAUCAUGGAGCCACAGUUGUAAAUAAUAAAGUCUAUGUUACCGGAGGCCGAUAUAUCACUUCUGACCACACCAUUGAAGACAGUGAUGCCUUUGACUGCUACGACCCAGAGGAAGAUAGCUGGACCUCUAAAGGAAGCCUCCCACACAAGCUCUUUGACCAUGGAUGUCUAACGCUGCAAAGCAUUUCCUACAAACCCUGCACACUGUAA